UUUCAGGGUUAUUAUGAUACUAUGGAUUCAGGAUUCCGAGAUGAGAAAGGGUAUAUAGCUGUAAUGGCUAGAACUGAUGAUGUUAUCAAUGUAGCAGGACAUAGACUAUCUACAGGGUCUCUUGAGGAAGCUAUUUUAGAAAAUAAAGAUAUUGUUGAAACGGCUGUUAUUGGGGUCAAAGAUGAAUUAAAGGGGCAGGUCCCUGUAGCUUUAUGUGUUAUUAAACAAGGUCUCAGUAAGCCACAUAAAACUAUAAUAGAAGAAGUCAUAUUGGCUGUUAGGGAGAAUAUUGGUCCAGUAGCAGCUUUUAAACAGGCUGUUAUAGUACGAGGUUUACCUAAAACUAGAUCGGGUAAAAUAUCUAGACAUACUAUAGCUGAAAUGGCAGCAGGAAAUGAUUAUAUUGUAAGUAAACUAUAA